AUGGCCCGGCCAAUCCUGAUCUCUGGGCCGUCACGCCUGUCCUUCUACAAGACGUCCCAGCACCAGGAGCACGGCCACGGCAUGGCCAAAGCAACAGCAUGGGCGAAGUUGCUCAACACUCUCCAGAUCAAGACGCAUUACAGCAUCAAACCGGCCGGCCUGACAUGGAGAUCCAAUACCUUCUUCAUCGUCAGCACGGUCGCUGUUGGUCUGUUCACCGAUCUGUUCUUGUACGGCUUGAUUGUGCCGGUACUGCCUUUCAUGCUUCAGCACCGGAUCGGCUUGCCUCAGGAACAGGUCCAAAGUCAUGUUUCGGGACUGCUUGCGGCUUACGCUGCUGCCAGUGUUCUGUUCUCACCGAUUGCUGGUGUCCUUGCCGAUCGAGUAUCCACAAGACAAGCGCCGUUCUUGUUCGGUCUUGCUGCACUGCUGGCGGCGACCGUACUACUGUUCUUGGGAAGAAGCGUUCCUGUGCUUGUACUUGCGAGAGUCUUGCAAGGAAUCUCAGCAGGCUUUGUAUGGACAAUUGGUCUCGCAUUGUGCCUGGAAACUGUGGGACCCGAGAAUCUUGGAAAGACGAUUGGCUCGAUUUUCAGCUUUAUCGCGGUCGGCAACCUUGCCGCGCCUCUACUUGGUGGUGUGUUGUACAAAAAGACCGGCUACACUGGUGUGUUUGCCAUCGGUGCCUCCAUCCUCGUCGUCGACUUCAUCAUGCGUAUUAUGGUGAUCGAGAAGAAGACUGCCAUGAAAUACGAAGUCGACGAUCCCAGCACAGUGAAUGAUCUCAGUGCCGCCCGCAGCCAUGAUCAACAAAACGACGAGCAAGACGAAGAGUCUCAACAGCAAGAUGGUUCCGCCAACGGCGAGGAAGAACCACUUCUCGGCGGUCAGAAGCCGGAUGAUGAGUACUAUCAGCUUCCACCACGUGAGAAGUGCUCGAAGGCAACACAACUCGUACCAAUCUUGCCACUGCUUUCCGACCCAAUGCUUCUCACUGCUUUGAUGGUAGCAUUCGUGCAGGCAGUCUUGCUGGGCGCCUUCGACAGCACUAUCCCGACAGUCGCUGGAGAGCUGUUCGGUUUUGACUCACUGAAAGCAGGACUCCUAUUCCUACCACUUGGCGCCUUCGAUCUAGUAGGAGGCCCCAUCUUCGGCUGGUGCGUAGAUCGAUACGGCACAAAGCCUGUCGCUGUCCUGGCAUACGCCUUCCUCGUACCGGUCCUGGUUUUGUUGAGGAUACCACAAGCAGGUGGCAAGGAACAGAUUAUCAUAUAUGCAGCACUUCUGAGUCUGUCUGGUGUUGGGCUUGCUGGAGUGGGAUCGCCGUCCAUUGUCGAAGCUGGAGCGAUCGUGCAGAAGUACUACGAGGUCAAUCCGGACUUCUUUGGAGACAAGGGACCAUAUGCUCAGUUAUACAGCUGCAGUAACAUCGCCUUCUGCCUCGGUCUGGCUAUCGGGCCUGAGCUGGCUGGCGAGCUGAAACAGGCCAUUGGAUAUGGGAACAUGAACAUGGUGCUUGCGGGACUUUGCGCUUUCACCAGCUUUCUGUCCUUCAUCUACAUUGGUGGCAAGCCGAAGUCGAGGAUUCUGAAGCGCGCGUCGAGGAACACGUACUUGGCUAGGAGACGGGCGUGA